AUGCCCACCCUUGACGGACUCAACACCUGGGUACAAGACCCUCGGCUUCACGACUACCUGUCCAUUCUCAAAGGCGCGAGGAAUGGCUUUGUGUACGGAGUCAAGGUUCGCUUCCCUCAUGCCCUGAUUAUGGCCAUCCUAUUUGGCCGCGGAGACUGGAAGUCGCGUCUCGAGACGAUCUAUAAAGCGACGAGGCAGCAUGCGACGAACUUGGCAAAGUUUGUCGCGAUUUACAAGAUGCUCUUGCUUCUGCAGAAGAAGAUCAACGGCGGAAAGGAACGGAGUGCGGAUACAUUCAUUGCCGGUCUCGUAGGUGGCCGUGUAGUCUUUGGGAAUCGCACGGCCGUCAAUGAACAGAUCGUUCUCUAUGUCGUAUCAAGGGUGGUCGCCUCGUUCAUCCCACGAGCAGAUGCUCCAUACUCGAAGUCAGCACCAGCUGCUGGACAGUCUGCUGCCGUUCGUCCCCGGCCACCUGAUUCAGCUUGGUUCUCUGUCUUCGCUGCGCUCUCGUGGGGUUCGGUGAUGUGGCUCUUCAAGCACAGGGGCGAGACAAUCCAACCCGGCAUGUUCAACUCUAUGACAUACUUAUAUCGCGACUCCGAGACAUGGAACGAUUUACGGACACUGUUUUGGCAUAACAAGUGA